AUGUCGCACAGACAACACUCGCACAAUGUGAGCACAAGCUCGGCUGACACAAUCUAUGUCGAGCAGCCCACGAGUCCUUUCAUCCCCGGUUCCGACAAGAGACAAAGCCUGGGAUCCUACAAAGCGUACCAGUCGACGUUUGUUUCCGUCGAUGAUGUCCCUCCCAGUGAACCUGCUUUGAGCAGCAAUGGAGACUCCAGACGCUCCGUUCCCUCACGCUGGAGCAGGAUCUCCGAGAAAUCACACAUCAAGUCCGAAACGUUCUCGCCAUCUGGCUCUUGGACUUUCGAGAUUGUGAGUCUUUGCGUGGCCAUCCUCGCCGCUGCCGCCAUUAUCGGUGUCCUUGCAGCAUACGACGGGAAGCCUCUAGCGUCAUGGCACUUUCAAAUCACCAUCAACGCCGUCAUCGCCUUGCUGGCCACCGUGGCAACUGCAACCAUGGCAGUUGUUCUAUCAAGCGGUAUCUCACAGCUGAAAUGGAUUCACUUCAAGAGGCGCCGUGAGCCAUUGUCCGAUAUGGAAGUGUUUGAUGAUGCCAGUCGAGGAACUUGGGGAGCUCUCAUGAUGCUCAUCAAGCUUAGAGGAGGCUUACUUGGUUCCUUUGGCGCGUUCGUUGCCAUCUUGACCCUUGCCUUCAGUCCAUUUGCUCAACAAAUCGCCACUUUUCAUGCGCGUACAACCAACUCUUCCGAAGGAGCCAUCAAUCUACGCGCCGAGAGAUACUUGAUUGCUCUCAGCAGUCAAACUGCAUCUGAGGGGUUCAUUCCGAUUCUUCCUUUCAAGGCUGCUGUUUACAAUGGUCUCUUCGCCGAGAACGGCAAGCCCUGGCUGAGUCUUCCCGUCAACUGUCAGACUGGCAACUGCACCUGGGAGCCUUUUGAGACUCUCGGUGUGUGCAACACCUGCGUUGACAUGUCCGAGUUCAUGACCCGAUCCUGCGAGGAUGGAUCGACCCCUGUAAGCGACAUGACCGAGUGCGGCUGGUCAGUUCCUGUUGGCGCUCGACUCAAAACGCAUGCCGACGUGUUCAGCAUGACACCCAUCUUUCCUCAAGGCCUAGGAGACAUGUCUUACUCGACCAUCAUGAAGCUCGUCUUCAUGGGUACUGAAAAGCAAGGGGGCGUUGCAGGCGCCCUUGUACCAUGGGCUCGCCAGUGUACCCUCCAGGCCUGUGUUCAGACUCUCGAUUCUGAGAUCGUCAACGGCGAGCUCAAAGAGACUAUUGUCCACACCAGCACUAAUGAUACGGUCGCUGUGGCAACUCAGGACACUCUCGAGCCCAUCUACAUCUCAGGCCAGGCCAACAAAGAGUCCUACCCGAUUGAUAUGAAAGUUAUGAUGGGUGUCCGGUCGUGGUUCUCGGACCUGUUCCGCAACGGCUCGGCCUCGCGUAACGAAGAGGUUAUCAACAAGAACAUCACAACGCCAGACAAUGUCAUUGUCAAUCUAACCGUCGGUAUCUCGAGUGGUGAGACGUUCUUUGACACCGACAUCGUCCAGGCGUUCUACUGGAACUACUACGAGUAUCCAACCGGCAUCGACAUGCUCAUGGAUGAUCUCGCGACCAGUGUUACCAUUAGUUUCAGAAGUUUCAACGGUACCAAUGUCACAGGCAUAGCGCACACCGUUGAAAGCUACGUUCACGUAGAGUGGAGCUUCUUGGCUGUACCGCUUCUCACAGUCUUGUUGACUACCCUUUUCUUCAGCGCCGCGGUGUACCAGACGUACCGCCAAAAGGCCAGUCUGUGGAAAAGCAGUAUGCUAGCAACCUUGGUCCACGGCCUGGACGGAAAUGCCAGAGAAAGACUCGAGGACCUCGGUAGCUUAAGAGAGCAACGGAAAGAGGCUAGAUGUGUGAAGGUGCAAUUGGAUGAAGACGAUGGUGGGCUCUUGAGACUCUCAAAGUAUGAUGACAUUUGA